AUGUUGCUGGAACUUGCACUCGGUUUAUUGGUGAUAGCUUUGUUCAUGCACUUGCGUCCCAAACCUACUGCAAAAUCCAAAGCCCUUCGCCACCUACCUAACCCUCCGAGUCCAAAGCCUCGUCUUCCAUUCGUUGGCCACCUUCAUCUUUUGAACAAACCCCUUCUCCACUAUUCCCUCAUCGAUCUCUCAAAACGCUAUGGUCCUUUAUACUCUCUCUACUUUGGUUCUAUGCCAACCGUUGUUGCUUCAACCCCUGAGUUGUUCAAACUCUUCCUUCAAACCCACGAGGCUGUUUCUUUCAACACAAGGUUCCAAACCUCUGCCAUUAGGCGUCUAACCUACGACAACUCCGUGGCCAUGGUUCCCUUUGGACCAUACUGGAAGUUCGUUAGAAAACUCAUCAUGAACGACCUCCUCAACGCCACCACCGUUAACAAGUUGAGGCCACUGAGGACUCAAGAGAUUAGAAAGGUUUUGAGGGU